AUGUCGCGUGCUCAGAAUGGAUGCCGGGGCGGUGGUAGUGGAACCAAGGAACAACUCCUCAUUGGCAAAGUGGUUAAACGCAACCGUCGGAACUUCUCCGCCGCCUGGAUAGACUAUAGAAAGGCAUUCGACUCGGUGCCCCAUACAUGGCUUAAGAGGGUCUUCGAGCUGUACAAGGUUCAUUGUACAGCUAGAGACUUCCUCGGGCAAUGUAUGGGGCAGUGGAGUACAGUCCUUUGUCAUCUAGGCGAGCGGAUGACGGAUGCGGAAAGCCGCAUAAGAAUAAGAAGGGGUAUCUUCCAGGGCGAUUGUUUGAGUCCAAUCUGGUUUUGCCUCUCCCUGAACCCUCUCAGUACCUUACUGGAGGACUCCGGGAGAGGAUUUCAGCUUCGGAAAGAAGGGACAAAAGUGACCCACCUUUUCUAUAUGGAUGAUCUCCAGCUGUUUGCCUCCAGUCGCUCUCAUCUUAUGGAGCUGCUAAACAUCACUUGUGAUUUUAGUAGUUCUAUUAGAAUGGAGCUGGGGAUGGAUAAGUGUGCGGUCCUCCAUGUUGAAAGGGAAAGGGUUGCUAACUCUCAGGGCAUAGACUUAUCUAUGCCCAUCAACAUAAGGACCUUUUCUGAGGCUGAAACAUACCGAUACCUGGGUAUGUCACAGAACAUCGGUGUAGAUGAGGUGGGUAUGAAACAGUAA